GCUCUAUAUCUCUUGAAAGCAAUAGCAAAAUUAAUAUACCUGUUCUUGGGUUGAAGUUGGAAGGUCUUGACCUUACAAAGCAUUAUAUAAAUCAACCUAUAGAAUUAUCUGUUGGAACACGAUUUAAUUCUUGGGCAAUCGCAGAGCACUACUUUAAGGAGUGUGGCUGCCAGAAAGGAUUUGUGGUAAACCGGUAUAGAGUUGAAUAUCACAAAUCUCAUUUGACUCCGUUAAAUGAUCCUGUUAAAAAAAGAACAUAUGUAUGUGAGAAUGCUGGAAAGUAUAAACCUAACAAGACAAAACUGAUAGAACAACAACGUAACAAAGGAUCAAAAAAAACUGACUGUAAAUGGCACGUUAACUUGAGUAACCCGGAAACCAGCAAUUUUGUGCACAUAACACUUGUAUAUCUUGAGCAUAACCAUAAUAUUAGUGCUGAUAAUCUGAGAUUUGCCAUGGCAUUUCAAAAAUUUGAUGAGUCUAUAAUGAAUGAAAUUGAACGUGCGGUUGUAUAUGGCCAUUGCGAUGCUUAUACUAUAAGAAAUUUAUUACAGCCUUUGUUUCCUGGCCAACUUUUUCUUACGCAAGAUUUAUCAAACACAAUCCAAAAAAUCAAGCGUGAAAAAAAUGUUCAAAAAGAAGAUCCUACGAUGUUCAUUCAACCAUUAAUAAAUACAGAUAGUAAUCAGCUAAGUGGUAUUUUUUGGAUGACAGCAAACCAAAUUAUGUUAUGGUCUCGAUAUUCAGAUUUGGCAGCACAGGCGUUUUUAAGUGAUGAAACUCAGGAAAGCUACGAAUGGGUCCUACAACAAACCUUGGAUGCAACUGGUUCUGAACCACAGGUUAUAAUAACAGACAUGGAUCCUGCAAUAGAUGCGGCAUCAAAACUUGGAAGCGAAAAUUUUAAAGAAUUUAUUUGUGAUUUUUGGAAAGCACAGAAUUCUUUAAGCAUUGAAGUUUUUGAGUACCGAUUUCAAUCUUUACUAGAAAAGUAUCCAAGUGCCAACAAAUAUUUGA